AUGCUUGGUACUCAGGAUUUAGUGCCUGACCACUUGAUUAAGGAUUGGCGUCAUUUUAAUGAUAGGGGAAGGAAGGCUCAUCUUAAGACAGUCACUACUCGUCGUCCUACAGAUGUGUCAGAAGAGUGGUAUUCCAAGAACAUAGACGAGGUCCACGAUGAGAACUCCAAUGGUGAUAGUAAUGUAGAAGAUGGUCAUAAGUUGUAUUACAAGCCCAUUGGGGAGCAGCUUUUUGACUUUCAAGUUGAGGGAAUCCAAUGGCUACUAUACAACUGGGCUCAACAUCGUGGAUCUAUACUAGCAGAUGAGAUGGGCCUUGGUAAGACAGUCCAGAGCUCAGUUUUCAUAUCAGCUAUACAUGAGCUAACUGGAGGAGUGGGACCAUGCCUUGUUGUUGCUCCUCUCUCUACUCUCACUCAUUGGAAGAGGGAAUUAGCCAAAUGGGCUCCUGCAUUACGUACUGUAGUAUUCCAUGGCGCUCAAGAAGAGCGUCCUCUAAUUCAAGAUUAUAUGCUAAACUGGGUUAACUUGAAUGAUGGCCGUAGUAUAAAGGAGAAGAAUGUGGUUAAAGGAAAGAUAGAUUACAAGUAG